GGCCGCACUGUCAUAUUCUAUCGAACUACAGACAGAUCAACACGUCUUCAUUGUAGAUAUAUACCUAUGAGUCAUUAAAAAAGUGGUUUUUAAUUUAAUUGUGAGGAAGUGCUUCAGAUUUGUUCGAGCAUGAAGGCUGUAUUUUAUCUUGUGUUGUUGGGGCUCGGAGGUGUGGUGACCGAUUUAGCAGGAGAGUGUGACAUGGCUGGCUUCUACCUGGAGCUUGGCUGCUCCGCUGUCCCAAAAACAGACAACUCCACCAUCUGCCCAGACGCCUUCCAGUGUCCUGACUUACAUCCGGACCCAACCAAAUGUUACUACAAAGGCGUACCAUACAAGGACCGCUCGAACAUCCCCCAGAACAUCAUCAACAACCCUUGUUCGCAAGCCUGCAGCUGCCAGGUCUCCGGGGGUCCCAGGUUCGAGUGCGCGGCCGUGGACUGCGUGGAGACCUUCGAUGUGGACCUACAGCAGCAGUGCAUCAGCACUUACGACCUGGAGUCAUGUUGUAGUACUGGAACUGUUUGUGGAACAGAUGCUAUCGCUGCUUUGAAAACCUGCGAGGUUGACGGCAAAACGUACAGAGUGGGAGAAGCUUUCGAGCCCAAGAAUACCAGGAAAACCUGCAUCUGCACGGGAGAAUGGAACGGCUCCACCGAAGGGGCGUACUGCAGGGACAUCAGCUGUGGCCUCGAAAUCCACUAUCAGGACAUGGUGGCCCAGAACUGCGCGCCUGUCUUCGUACGCAAUACACGGAGUUGUCCGAUUGCUUUCCAAUGCCCUUCGCCCACAUCGAAAGUGGUGCGUGGUCUGAACCGGCGCGGGGUCAACUCAGAGUGUUCCUUCGGGAACAUGACCUUGUCUGUGGGAGACGAGGUCACCGUGGGGGAGACCUGCAUGCGGUGCUCGUGUGAAGUCCCGCCGUUCGUCACCUGCACUAAGCAGGUCACGUGUGAUAAUUAGAAUUUUAGGAAUUUUAUGAAGUCUGAAUAUGGAAAUGGCGGAAACACAAAUGUUAGAAUGUGUUUAGUGCGCAGAAAUUUUAAUAUUUAAUAUUUUUUCAGAUUUCUGUGGAGUAAGUAGUGUUGGUUUUAUUUUUAUUAUUU